GAUAAUUCAUCUUCAUGAUAAAAAUCUGAGACAGUUUUCUCUCUAUCCUGCAUUUGUAAUCCUGUGCCUUGCAGAACGAAUCCGCUGGACUGGUGCCUUCCUAUUGAGACGCAAGAAGCAUAGACACAAGGCUGCAUCAGAGAGCCACAACACGGGCUUCUGUCAUUAAAACAAACAAGACUGAUAUAAGUAUAUCAGUAACCAUUGCAAGAUUGCUUGUUAAAUCCUGUGGUUACUCCUCGUGGAUUUUGCCUAUAGAAGUUGCAUGCUCCAGGAGUGAUAGUUCUCGGCCGGGACAGAAGGAAUGGGAUACCCGGGCAGAGCAGUGAGAGGAUGGAGAGGAUGGAAAGGAUGGACGCUCUUGGUUUGGGUCGCCGCUGUCAGCUUGCUUUCAGCAGACGGACGGAGAGUGAGGCAGCCCAGAUGUCCCGCUGGAUGUAUUUGCACCAAAGAUAAUGCCCUGUGUGAGAAUGUCCGAUCCGUGCCUCACACUUUCCCCUCCGACGUCGUUUCACUAUCUUUUGUCAAGUCUGGAUUUCAUGAAAUCACUGGGGGAAGCUUUGUUCACACUCCUGCCCUGCAACUGCUGUUGUUCACAGCAAACUCCUUUGACCUCAUUGAUGAAGAUGCAUUCCUAGGUUUACCACAUCUUGAAUAUCUAUUUAUUGAAAAUAACAAAAUUGCAUCAAUAUCUCCAUUUGCGUUCCGGGGCCUGAAAGCACUGAUACAUCUGAGUCUGGCAUACAACAAUCUUGAGACGCUGCCCAAGGAUGUCUUCAAGGGCAUGGACGCUUUGACUAAAGUGGAUUUGCGAGGCAACAGCCUGAUAUGUGACUGCAAGCUAAAGUGGCUGGUGGAGUGGAUGCACAACACUAACGCCACCCUGGAUCAGAUCUACUGCAGCGGCCCACCCAUUCACCAGGGGAAGAAGAUCAAUGACCUGCUGCCACACUCUUUUGACUGCAUCACAGCAGAGUUUGCCUCCUAUCAGUCACUGAAGUUUGAGUCCAUUUCAGUGGAGGCCUUCACCUUUGGCGAAGAUCAGUAUGUUGUGUUCCCCCAACCCUUUGCUGGGACGUGCAGCUUCCUCGAAUGGGAUCACGUUGAGAUGACCUUCAGAACUUAUGACACCAUUGAAAGCACCUCCACUGUGGUGUGCAAGCCCAUGGUGAUCGACAACCACCUCUUUGUCAUCGUGGCCCAAUUGUUUGGGGGCUCACACAUUUACAAACGUGACACCUCUGCCAACAAGUUCAUCAAGAUCCAGGACAUUGACAUCCUGAAGAUUCGUAAACCCAACGACGUGGAGACGUUCAUGAUCGAUGGGGAGUCUUUCUUCGUCAUCGCUGACAGCUCUAAGGCUGGCUCCACAACAGUGUACAAAUGGAAUGGGAAUGGCUUCUACUCGCACCAAUCACUCCACCCGUGGUACCGGGACACAGAUGUAGAAUAUCUGGAGAUCUCCAACAAACCCCACCUGAUCUUGUCCAGCAGCUCCCAGAGACCUGUUGUGUACCAGUGGAACAGGGGUCAGAAACAGUUUGACCGCCGCACUGACAUACCAGAGAUGGAGGACGUCUUCUCUGUCAAACACUUUCGGGUACAAGGUGAUCUGUUUAUAUGCUUAACAAGAUUCAUCGGGGACUCCAAGGUGAUGCGCUGGGACGGUGCCAUGUUCAAGGAGGUCCAGACAUUUCCCUCCCGUGGUUCUAUGGUGUUCCAGCCUGUCUCUGUCGGCAAGUGGCAGUAUGCCAUCUUGGGCAGCGAUUAUUCACUGACGCAGGUCUACCAGUGGGACACCAAGAGGGGUCAGUUUGUCCCAUCUCAGGAGCUGAAUAUCCAGGCGCCUCGAGCAUUUUCUGUGGUUUCCAUUGACGACCGGGUGUUCCUGCUUGCAUCCAGCUUCAAGGGAAAAACUCAGAUAUAUGAGCACCUCAUGAUUGAUUUGAGUAACUAAACCCAUUGUCAAAUCAGGACAAAUGGCGUACACUACUUGCCAGUUGAAUUUGAAUCCGCUAGCAAUUCCCAUCUACAGUCAAACUAAUGGAAGUUUCAAGCAGAAGCUCAAACUAGCUAAAAAGAUGUUUCAAAUACAAUUCAGGACAUUAAGGUUAGGCUGGGCUGAGAUAAGGUGAUUGAAAUUCUUACACUGGUUAUGAUUAGUGAGUUUAUUCUGACAUAUUCUACACAGUCCCUUAUACCUAAUGUUUGGCAACCUGCUGUAACUAGUUAAUUUUGAUAAACUGUUUAGGAACGCCUUAUUCUCCAUGUCAAAAACUUUACUCAGAGUGCGAACUGACUAUCUUUUAGGAAAAAACAAACUAUCAACUCAUUCUUUUUGUCUGUUAUUCAACCAUGUAGGCCUCACUACAGUACCUUGAAACACAGUAUGUUUUUUCUAUUCAACCCUAUAUAUUGUUUAUCUUUCUUGUAGGAAUUUGAUAGUAAAGGUUUAGGAAUUUGGUAGUUCUGAUGACCAUGUAACAAUAGCUACAUAGUGAAAUAUUUCUUGAGAAAAGGAGGCAAAAUGCAUCCAGGGUCACAUGUGCAGUUGUAUCCAAAACUAUGGACACAAGAGACAAUUUUCUUUAAGUCCUCUUUAAUUAAACAGGGCAUUUCAGGAAAAUUAAUUGAACUCUGUCACACAAGAGCUGUUUAGACUCUCAUGUGACAAAGUCUGGGUCAUUAAAUACCUUGCAGAAGAUGGAGAGUCUCAUGAAUGUUCAAAUUGUAAUCUAAUCUAAAUUUGAUGAUAACGCAACAGUAACACUGUAGUUAGUAAUGUUAGUAAUGUUUACCAAAUACGGAUAAAAGUUGGACUACUUGCUGAGAAUUAUGUUCAUCCUUCUAGCACAGUUUGGCAGCUAGUUAACCUGUGCUCCGUCAGUAAUUACUUUACACUUAAAGAACUGACCCUCAUAUAUGAGUUGAAGAAUCCACUAAACAUUGUGAGAAACUAGGAAAACGACAUCACAUCUCAGUUGUGUCUACUCUCAGAAAAGCAAGACUGUAUGCAUGAUAGAGACACUCAUAGUGUUGAUUCCUGAUGAAUGACUCGCUAGAAGCAUCCCACUGUGUCAACCAGCCCUCUCUCUUUCACUGCACUCUUGCCCCUUUUCUCCCUCAUUGACAAAACCAUUGUUGUCUUUACUCUGCAACUAAAAGCCAACCACUGUGCAGCACCUACUACCUGUGCUUUCACACGGUCCUCUUAUUCUGACACAAAAGGAACAGAAUAUUGAUAACAAUUUAACAACUUCACUGACAACAACUUGCCAAAUAUAAUGUUUACGUUUUUACAAUACUGUGUAAAGUACUUUAUAUGAUAUUGCUUUUGUAUGUAGACGGGACCACACUCAAUGUUUUAUUUUUCAUAGACAUAGAAUUUAGUGUAGAUAUUUAAAAAAGAGAAAAAAAAAACAAGGAUCACCUCCUCAAACACUGUGUAACAUGCAACAUCUGCAAAACAGUAUAGACUUACUUGUGUCAGUCUAAUCUAGUUAGGUAAGGGUAGAGGAUAUUAGUUAUUCCUUUGUCAUCUUGCUCAUUGUAUUUUAUGUACAGUAGUAAUAAAAUACUAAAAUGCUACAUCAGAGAUGUGGUUCCUUUACUGUUGUUACCGAUUUGCCAGUAAACUUAUGUUUUCCAUUCCUUA